AUGGCGAGUCUGUGCAAAAGGCAGCAAUGCACGAUAGAGAGGCGCGGCUUUCGGCAGGAACUUGACUCUUGGAGGCACAAACUCAUUCACUGUGUAGGCUUUGAAAGCAUCUUGGAAGGCUUGUUUGGGCCGGGACUAGUCAAAGAUAUCACCUUUUUCCAAGACUGCGAGCCCGAGGAAGUGUCUGACUGGUCCUUCGACGAAAACUGUCUCUUCUGCUGCUUAAGACGCGAGAAAGUCAAGGACCGCAGCCUGGAGAACGGCGGAGGCAGCCAGGUGCUGUCGGAGUGCGAAGACUUCAAACAGGAGCAGUCUCGGAUCAGCCGGCUGGAGAGACAGGCCCAAGACUUCCUCAAUGCUGUGUUCCACAGAAAAGAACUCCCAAGUUUCUCAGACCCUCACAUUCCUCUAGUGGCUCGUGAGAUCAUGCAGCGAAUGAUCCGCCAGUUCGCUGCCGAAUAUACCUCAAAAACUACUCAGGACGACCUGCCCCUGCCCAACGGCACCAUGAAGGACCAAAGCCUGCCGAGAGCGGCGUCUCUGGCCCCGGCCCCCUGCUCCCCACCCAGGCCCCCGCCCGCGCUGAACUCCCCUCCAUCGUCUGCCUCCUCCUCCCCAUCCCCAACCCCGGGGCCAGGCCUCAGCCCCAUCACCUCUAACGCCGCCGCUGCUGCCGCCUCAGCAUCCACCUGCACCCAGAGCAGCAACGGCACGGGAGCCGGUAACAACGGAGGAGGAGGAGAUACGGCUGCUGCCUCUGCACAGAAUCCCGUCCUCAGCAAGCUUCUCAUGGCCGACCAGGACGGCCCGCUGGACCUCACCGUGAAAAGGAGCCAGGUGGACACAGAGCCCAGCCAGCAGGAUGGCGUCCUGGACCUCUCCACCAAGAAGAACCACAGCGCAGACAGCCUCAAAACCUUCUCCGGCUUCUCCCCUGUGCCUGAGGUCAAAGGCCGUUCCCUCAGAGUGGAACAUGCCCUGCCAGAGGUGGAUGAGGAGGAUGGCCUGCUGCAGAGAAGCUUGCAGGACAGACUGAGGGAGAACUACGUCAGCUCCAACUCCUUCAAGCCCCCACUGGCCCGCUCGCUGCGAAUCAAGGAAGAGCUCCUCAGCCAGAAGCACCGCCUCCUGAGCCAGCCCGCUGCUCUCUCAUUGGCUAAUCUAGAGUCAGCUGGCUUGCUCAGUCAUGGGCAGUCCCUUUCCUUGCUUGGCCAGAAAGGCGCUUCCUCUUUCUGGGGAAGCAAGGCCCACCUUGACAGCCUGAUGAAGCUAAAACAGGCCAGUGGAGCUCUGAGCGGGGCCCUCAGCGACCUCAAAGACCUGCCUACAUUCCUGGAGAAUCACCACCACAACCACCACGGAGCCUUCUCCAUCAAGAGUUCCCUCCACCAUCACCACCACAAUCAGGUCUCCAAGUCCCAACACCACCACAAUGAGGGCAAGAGAGACCAGGGCCACUCACCUCCUGUCGACCUAAAGAUCCCCCAAGUUCGAGGCAUGGAUCUCUCCUGGGACUCCCAUGCCUCUGAGCUGUACGGCUAUGGCACCAUGGGGGUUGGGGUUGGUGGCCAUGGGGAGAACACCCUGAGCCGGAAGCUGAGAGCCAUCCUGCCUAAGCAGAACCGCCGCGGAGGAAGCCUUGGAAGCCUGCUGGAUGGGGCAACUGACUACUGGAGCUCUGACUUGGAGCACUCCAUUUCUGGGCCAGCGUACUCCACCUCCGACGUGGAAGGAGACCCAAACUCCAAGCAGCCGAGGAAGAAGAGGGGCCGUUAUCGCCAGUACAACACCGAGAUCCUGGAGGAGGCCAUAGCAGUAGUGAUGAGCGGUAAGAUGAGUGUGUCCAAGGCUCAGAACAUGUACGGCAUCCCACACAGCACCCUGGAGUACAAGGUCAAGGAGCGCAUGGGAACCCUGAAGAACCCCCCAAAGAAGAAGCUCAAGCUGAUGAUGAAGAUGGAAGCAGGAGGCCAGGAUUUUCCCACCGAGUCGGAGAACACGCCCACCUCAACCCCACGAGAUGACGGCCCGCCGCUGGCAGCAGCAGAGCUGAAGGACAUUGUAAAAGAAGAGAUUGAAGACAAUUUCAAACCAAUCGACUAAACGACUUACACAUGUAAACCUCAGUCAAAUGACUUAAGUAAUUAGAAAACGGAUGGGGCUUUAUUUGUGCCAAUUUACUUUGCAGUAUCUGGGUGAGCACAAACGCAGGGAUAAUAUGAGGAGGAUUCUUAAACUGGAGAGAAACAACUAAUCGGAUGGUUUUUAACAAGCGUCACUUGAGCGACGCUGUACAAGCAUUUGUUCAGCUUUUAUAUCCAGGGGCUUAACAAAUGCUGCUAAAGACAUUAGAUAAACGACAAUUGAUGAAAUUUACUUACGCAUGCUGAUAAUCCCGAGCCCAAAAACCCAAUCGCCCUCUUUCUGAACCUGACACACUGAACCAUUGCUGCUUAUAAAUGCAGUUUGGGCUUUGGACAAUUCCAAUUUGGGGAGAAAAUGAGGGGAAGGCUGAAAAUUGACUCCCUAAAAAAACUCACAAAUUAAUCCCUUUACCGCUCCCCUCUCUCAAGGAUCGCUAGCUGAAAAUUGGUAAGUGAACUGUCUAUUACAUUUGAAGCCAACUGAAAGGUUUAAUCAUACCAUUGAUAUUCCUCACCAGGGUUCUGAAUCAAAACCCAUUCUCUUAUUGCCAGGUAGCCAUGACGCUUUAACUGCAAACCUUUUCUUUCCUCCUUAAGAUAUUCUGCUAAUCUCUGUGCGGAUGAAAGCAACAUUAACCCGUCCUUUUUGAACGAGAAAAGACACACAAAAGUCAUUCAGGGAUGCAUGUUUGUGAGUUUCGUGGACACUACUGACUUCUACAAUUAACUUCUUUUCUUCUACCUUUUUUGUUUGAUUUGUUUUGCUUUCUUUUGCACUACACUUUGGGUCUGGCGCUUACAGACCAGGUUACCUCGGCAUUGUUGCCCUUGCAUCAUGCACUUAUUAUGGUCUGUCUCUGAAGCCCAGUCGCAACCUCGCAGUGGGUCAGGGGUGCACAUCGCCUGCAUACGCUGAUCCAUAACCAGAUCCA